AUGGUGUUGGCUUCCUCAGCGUUAGAUUUUCUGGAAAGUGUUCAUAGCUUCCUUCUUUUUCUCUCACCCUAUCCUCUUUCUCAGGUCUCCUAUGUGAAGGCAAUUGACAUCUGGAUGGCAGUGUGUCUUCUGUUUGUGUUUGCUGCCUUACUGGAAUAUGCAGCAGUGAACUUUGUCUCCAGGCAACAUAAGGAGUUCCUUCGUCUGCGGAGACGACAGAAAAGGCAGAAUAAGGAAGAAGAUGUUACUCGUGAAAGUCGUUUUAACUUCAGUGGUUAUGGGAUGGGUCACUGCCUCCAGGUGAAAGAUGGCACAGCUGUCAAGGCUACACCUGCCAACCCACUUCCACAACCCCCAAAAGAUGCAGAUGCCAUCAAGAAGAAGUUUGUGGAUCGGGCAAAAAGGAUUGACACCAUAUCUCGAGCUGCCUUCCCACUGGCCUUCCUCAUAUUCAAUAUCUUUUACUGGAUCACAUAUAAGAUCAUUCGGCAUGAAGAUGUUCACAAGAAAUAGAUGUACCCUAUUAAUCCUGGAACCUUCCUGCCUAAGUGUUGUGCUUGUAUAUAUACAGUAAUAUUGU